AGUCAUUGGGAGUUAGUCUGCCGAAGACAGUGUCUCAGUGAAGUUGUCUUUUACUUCGCUUGCAGUGUUCAGAAUAGACGAUUGAAGAUUCUUAUAUACAUUGAAAGCUUUUCUAAGCUUACCUCUUAUCUCUUUUUUCCACAAAUAAAAAACUUUUAAGAACCUGAGAGAUUCAUAAAAAAAAAGUGAAGUGCAAGUGUAUUAUGGAAAAAAUGGUGAAAAAUCUCUUUGGUUCUGUUAUUGUCCUGUUAAUUGGGAAAUUCUUCACACUAAAUACAGUUUGUGGCACCCCAAAUCAUUUUUACGACAUUAAAUCCCUAUCUGGAGAACCUAACUAUCGCUCCGUAAAUCUCACAUGGGAGAUCGAAGAGGUGGCACAUCAGGAGCCAACAAUCUCUGCUCAGACACCAGCUUUCACCGUCUUCUACUGCGAGAUGCAAGCAUGGGGCGCCCACAGAUGCAAAUCUAAGAUCUUUCAAGACAAUGAGAUUGACGGUUCUCGACAAAAGAGGCAGUAUUCAAUGGUUAUUGACAAUUUGAGAAUGGCCACGAAAUACACCUUUCAUGUGAAGGAGCAAAAAGCUCCAGAAUCCAGAGGACCAUCAGCCAGGGCAGACUUUAGCGAGGAAAAUUCCCUAGAAGAUCAAGCUUCAAUCCGUGGACAAACAAUCAUAAUUCCCACCAAAGGGUUUGCUGCACAUGCCACAAAAUGCCUUCCGAAUGCUUCAGAAAUCGAAGUGGAAACAGGCCCCUUCUUUGGUGGUCGCAUCAUCGCCGAGGGCAGCAAUUGUGGCAUUAAAGGAGACGCCAAUGAUCCCCGGUCUAGCUAUAUAAUGCGCAUAGAUCACGAAAAGUGCGGUAGCCGAGUAAAUAAAGAGGAAUACACAGUUAAAACCUUGAUCACUGUGCAGGAGAAUAUGGGUAUCUUCACUCACAGUACUCGACGUUUUGUGGUAGUCUGUACAUAUCAACCGGAAACACUCACAGUAAGGGCAAGUUUUGCUGUUCCUGGACGUGGAGGAGCAACAGUGAUGUCCCCAGAUUGGCACAAAGAGCACGCACGAAGUGGCCGUGAAAGAAACUUUAGGAUGGUGCACCGAAAUGAGUUAAUCACAAAAGAAAAUGAUCCUGAUCGCUCAGAUUUUGCCGGAGAAGCAGAAUCUGAGAAUAUGAUUGGUGAUUCGGACUACUUCAGUGAGGCCAAAUUCUCUCGACUGAUCGAUGAUCAUGUGAGUGAUCGCGAUCUCGCCUCUGGGAGUGAGAUCCCAUCUGGUCGAGGGUACACGGGACUUGUGAUUGCAAUCUCAUUGUCAGUGAUCACAAUGGGAUCACUCAUUUAUCUCCUGAAGCGUGAAUUGAGACAGAAGGAGCUCAUCAAGAAGCAAUUAACUUUCACCGAUGAUAGGUUUAUGCCAUGAAUAUCGACAAACCAUGUAAAUAUAGACUCUCUCUCUAUCCUAAAGCACCAACAGCCCAAUAUGCUCUCUUGUCUUAUCAAAUAGAAAGCAUUAUUUUGCGCUCAACUUCUGUUUGAUUGAAGAUAACAAGGCAUAGAACACCCAAUAAUAUUCCACGUACUACAGUGCCCAUCGAAAGUAUGGGACACUUUUCGAAAGUGCAAAAAUAAGAAUUUCCGAAGUAAAAUGUAUUACUUUGGAUUUAGUGAUGGUAAUGAAAUUUUAAAAACUUGUUUAAGUAAUAUUAUAUAAUUUUUUUUGUACGACUAUUCAAUAAAGAAAAGACUUUUUCUAAUAA